UCACAUACCUCAAAUCAUCGUUGACAUUGGAAUAACACUAAUGGACUCAAGUCUCUUGUUGUCUACAUUGAAUCAAGAAACAGUUAUUGGGGUGGAGCCGCCCCACUUGCCCACAAAUUUCGUUUGGCCAAUGGAAGACCUUGUUGACGCCCACGGGGAACUCGAAGUUCCAGUGGUGAACCUUUCUGGGUUCCUCAGUGGAAAUGACGAGGCCACGUGGUGCGCCGCAAGGCUCGUCCAUCGAGCAUGCUUGAGCCAUGGGUUCUUCCAAGUGAUCAACCAUGGGGUUGAUCCUGCACUCAUUGCUCAGGCAUAUGCUCAGAUGGACAACUUUUUUAGGGUUCCCACUCAGAGGAAGUUGAGUUUUUCAAAGAAACCAGGUUUGUUGUGGGGAUAUUCCGGUGCACAUGUUGAUAGAUUCUCUUCCAAACUUCCAUGGAAGGAAACCUUGUCUUUCCCUUAUUAUGAUCACACCUUUGAGCCGGUUGUUGCAAAUUAUUUUAAUACCACAUUAGGAGAAGAUUUUCAACAAACUGGAGUGACGUUCCAGAAGUACUGCAAAGCCAUGAAGGAAUUAGGGGUGAAGCUAACGGAGCUAUUAGCAAUAAGCUUAGGGUUGAAAGAUAGAUUGCAUUACAAGGAGUUAUUUGAAGAAGGUUGCUCCAUAAUGAGAUGCAACUAUUACCCACCAUGCCACCAACCAAGCCUUACACUUGGGACAGGACCCCAUUGUGAUCCAACAUCUAUAACCAUUCUUCACCAAGAUCAAGUUGGAGGGCUUCAAGUCUUUGCUGAUAAGAGGUGGAAAAAUGUUCAACCUCGCUCAGAUGCUUUUAUUGUUAACAUUGGUGAUACAUUCACGGCACUAUCAAAUGGAAGGUACAAGAGUUGCUUGCAUAGGGCAGUGGUAAACAGGUACAAAGAGAGAAGGUCAUUGGCAUUCUUUCUAUGCCCUAAAGAAGACAAGAUUUUGAGACCACCCCAAGAUAUUCUUCGCAUUGAUGGGACCAAACAUUUCCCUGAUUUUACUUGGUCUGAUUUGCUUCUCUUCACACAAAAACAUUAUAGAGCCGAUGAAGCUACACUCCACAACUUCACCAACUGGUUCCUUUCUUCCAAAACCGAUAAAUAGAUGCAGCAUCUACCCUUUGCUUUCAUUUACUACACUUGCCAGAGGUUGUAAAUGUAACAAACUACAAUCUCUAGCAUUUGUAUUUGUCUAUCUAUUUAUUUACAACAAUG